UUGAUAGUGUCAUAACUUCAACACACAAGGCAAAAUUAGAACACGGAGGCACUACAGAAAGCAGGAGCACGGAGUGCGGAGACGUCAAAACGAAUGGAAUACAUUAUCAGGGAGUGAGGAGACGUCAAAACGAAAGGAAAGACAACCUCGGGGAGUGAGGAGACGUCAAAACGAAAGGAAAGACAACCUCGGGGAGUGAGUAGACAUCAAAACGAAAGGAAAGACAACCUCGGGGAGUGAGGAGACGUCAAAACGAAAGGAAAGACAACCUCGGGGAGUGAGGAGACAUCAAAACGAAAGUAAAGACAACCUCGGGGAGUGAGGAGACGUCAAAACGAAAGGAAAUACAACACCAGGCAGUGAGGAGACAUGAAAACGAAAGGAAAGACAACCUCGGGGAGUGAGGAGACGUCAACGUGAAAAUCACGAUCCCCAAUAAAACACUGAAAAUCAGGUGUUCCAGAUGGACCAGCUAACCGAUGUACGGCAUGAGAUGGUCACUGACUUUUAUUGAUUGGACAGGAAAGUGUUUAUUGUAUUACUAGUAUUCAGUCAAGUGGUCUUAACUGGAAUUGGAUUCUGUGGAAAACGCUUUUCGUUCGAUGCUGAUAUAUACAGAUUUCAAAAUUGUGCGGAGUAAUUUCUACGUUUCUACCAAAUCCUCUUCACGUUUGAAUACUGACAGAGACAGCGUGGUGCACGGACCUUUAUUCUCUGGACAAUUAUCAGAGGACAAUAAACGGACGUUAUUAGGACUAUAGGUGGUGUCUUUGUGUGUUCCACACAUCGUUCUUUACUCAUUCUGUAAAUAGUGCAGAGGUUCACGGAGCUAUCGACUGGAUAUAUUCCUUUUUUCUGAAUUUUCACAGAAAAAUCUGUACUCUAUAGGUAGACAACAACAGUGGGCGAUAUAUUCAAUGUAAACAGUGUCCGGAUGAUUUAUAAUUGAUGUCACUGCAAUGUUAUGCGUACCGUGUGUAUACAUAUCGACCUCCUGUGGGUGGAAUAUUACAUUAUCAAUAUAAGAAACGCGUCAUUUAAUUGGAGCAUUGGGAUAUAUAUGAAACCAUUAUCCCCAACGCAACACGUGACAUCAGGGCAUCAAUAUUGCCCCGCAUGCUAUAUGCGUGAUCCUAGCCAUUGCACUAAAUAAUCGGUGCACUAACAUCACACAAUGUUGAAGACAAGGCGUCCUGUUCAGGAGCACGAGUCUGGAAUAGGGAUCAAAUUAGACUACAGCAACACCUACUUUGAUAAUGAGAUUCUGGAUAGUGAGCUGGAGAGCAAGCUUGCUCAGAUCGGCAGGGAACGUUACCGGGUCAGAGUGGAGAGGAACGAAACUCUCAAGGAAGCGAGAAAGGUGGCGGAGAAUAUGCAGCAGUUAAGUGACGCUAUUAAGAAGGGUGCAAUAGGAGAUAGCGUGAGUAUUUUCUCAGGAGGCAAGGUAGGUAAGCAUGUUGACGAGAAGGACAAAAUAAGCGACAAAAGUUCGGAGGCUAGUGUGGACAAUUUGUGUAACGAAGUUAAUCGGAUUAAUACCAACGGUAAUCAACAAGAUUCCGGCACAACGAGUGAAGCGAGAGGUAGUGAUACAGACUCAGAUAAACCACGACGAGCCAUGAAUACGCUUACAAUGUUCGCCUUAUCGAUGCAAAAGUUCUCUUCGCCAAUAAGACAUCGCAAUCCAAUACAAACUCCCAAUGAGCCGCGAACCAAACAAGAGAACACGCCAGCUCGAUCGUCACAUCCACAAAAGCGACAUGCACAUUCAGCCUUUGCACGUGCACCGACUCAACGAGCAUUUUCGCGCCUCGAUCGGAGACCAAAGUCACAAAGACCUGUCACGUUUCGGCAGCGUCGGGUCAAGGACGGAGAGGUGCUCGAGGCUGUUGACGUCAUGCCUGUUAUGGUGUACGAGAUUAAUUUGCAUAAACGAAAGCAAACGAGAUCCCGACGGGAACUGCAGGAAAUGAGCAAAAUGGAGCAAAAAGAACAUAGUUUAAAAGUAGACAGAGAAGAAGAGAGAAAGCAAAAACUGUUCAAUUGGGCUAAAGGAAGUAGUGGUCUGGAAGGGAGAAUUCAGUGUUUUGUUAAGAACUGUGAGGAGUUUAAUAGAAAAAGACAACCUCAUGAAAUUGUGUUUGACUCCCCGCGAAGGUCGAAAACAGUUAUGUUUUAGAUAAAAUCUCCUAAUAUGAAUGUUUUCUAAGUACCUUUCAUUCUUGUUAUAUCAAGUCCGAAUUCCAAAUUCUCUCAGCAUAAUAAAAGUAAAUGUUAUAAAUUGUGAGCCAAGACUUGUUUAUGUGACAUAUAACAAAUUGAGAGCUACGUCUGACAGUGGAGCACCGUGGUUUAACAAGUAUAUCUGUGAUCGGACAUUGAACUUUAUGGUGAUAUUUUGCAAUUGCUUUACAUUCGGUAGAACUACUCUUUGUAUUAGAUUUCAGGAGGAGAUUUACGUUGACUUUAGCAUACGUUUGUGACGGCGACAACUACAGCGGUACAGUAUAUGUUAUUCUGUUUAGAAAAUAUAAGAUACAUGUAUAUCGCUUACUAAAUUAUUGAGCUUUGGUUUCCUUUAAACAUAUUUAUCAAAAACGUAAAGCGAAAUAUGAGAGUAUUGUAAUAAUCUAUGCUGAACAACUUCUCUUAAAUAGAUAUUCAUCAUUGCAUGAUAAUAAUGGAAGCGUGCAGUAAUAAAUUAAAUACAUCUUACAAUAUGAAAUUGAUUGCUGAAUUUAGUGAUUUAUUUUAAAUAUCCGAAUGUUAUUUUAGUCCUUUUGGUCUGAAAUAAUUUCGAAAAGAAAAUAUUUCAACAUCGAACUCAAUACCCAAGACCUAGCGUUCCAUGUAAGUAAAAGGAUAAGCCUCGGUUUUGUAUUGGAAGUCAAAGAAACAAUAACAUAUAUUCUAACGAGGAUGCAAAAAAUUAAGACCGUCACUUAUCAGAAGGUUUGUCAUUUAAAAGUCAAGAUUAAGGGCACUGCACUGCUGUCUGACUUAAUAUGCAGAAUAUUCAACAUACAAUCUCCAUAUCUCAAAUUGAUAAACUGGACUGACUGUAUAUUUUAAGUUUAUAAGGUUUUGAAUGGGUUGAAAGAAACAGUAUUCUUCUUGAAUAGUCUAAAACAAUCCAACUUUAAGGGGUAAGAGUAGAGUAAGUACGGGAACAUCUAAAUUGUGUCAUCCUUUAAGUGCAAGACGAUUGUUUUUCUUUUCUUUCGCCAAAAGGAUGAUGCAAGUAUUAAUGGGUUAUUGUAUAUGCUAUAAAGCAAUCGGAGUUACAUGUAUAUUAGUUUUUGUCCGCUAAAAAGAAUUUCAAGACCUUUUUCGUAGUAAAAAGUAUCAAUAAUUGUAUAUGAUGGAAGUUUUGUAAUCAUACGGCUAGCCCCUGACUCAGCCUUCUAUAACACUUCCCUUUUCAAUUGUAGCACACCCGUCCCAUUACUCGGAAACAUAUUCUGAAAAUGGUCAAUUGGAUGCUUUUGAAUUUCAACGUUAGAUCAUUAAGACUUUUAAAAAUAUUAGCAAACUUUAAAUGUAAGGAUUGUAUAUCACAAACAAUCUCUACACGAGUUGCACAAGAAGUUAGCUUACGUCUCAUUUUCUAACAAAUAUGUAAAAAUAAA